AUGGAGUAUGGCUACAACACUGAGGUUACUCUGGAAUAUACAUGUAAGCAAAGAAAGCCUAUGGAUCAAGUGGAUACAUGGAAUUCAAAAAUACAACUGUCUGAUCUAUAUGAUGCUAUCUCCCCUGUAUCUACCUUGGUGCCCUGGUUUGGCACAGUUUGGGAGUCCUCUAAUUACCCCAGGCACUCAUUUAUCAGUUGGCUAGCAAUUCAGAACCGUUUGCUCACUCAAGACAGAUUGAUUAGGAGGGGUAUUAUUAAUAUAAAUUGCUGCAGGUUUUGCUCUGGUUCUGAGAGCAGAGAUCAUCUUUUUUUCGAAUGUUGCUACUCUAGUGAUGUUUGGGUAAAGGUUAUGAACUGGCUGCAGUUCAGGUGGCGAUCGUGCAAGUGGGAUCAAGUUUUGAACUGGUUUUGUUCCAAGUUGAGGGGGAGGGGCUUUAAGCAAAAACUAAAGAAAUUGGCUCUUACCUCAACAAUUUAUAGCAUAUGGAAUGAGAGGAAUACCAGGGUUUUUCGGCAUGAAUUGAAGUCAGCUGAUCAACUGUUCAAAGAGAUUAAAUUCAACAUUUUUGCUAUUAUACUUAAUGGUCCUUUUGCUGUUGAAAAUAGAGAAUGGAUAUGUGCUUUAUAG